GUUGUUGGAGUUUUCGAAGUUCCACACUUUACCGAACAAAAGCUGAACCUCGUUUGAAUGCAACGUCAACUUCAAGAUGUCAGCUUCCAUCAGAGAAAAACAAGGCGCUGCCUUGAAGCGCAUGUUGAACUUUAAUGCUCCAGUUACCAAGGCAAAUAACACAGCUCCUCAAUGGAAGGUAUUGGUUUACGACAGGUUUGGCCAGGAUAUAAUCUCUCCACUACUGUCUGUGAGAGAACUUAGAGACAUGGGGGUCACAUUGCAUCUGCUGCUUCAUUCAGACCGAGAACCCAUCCCUGAUGUACCUGCCAUUUAUUUUAUUAUGCCUACGGAUGACAACAUACAGCGAGUAUCACGGGAUAUCCAAGGAGAGCUCUAUGAAUCGUACUAUCUCAACUUCAUAUCUGCCGUCUCAAGGCAGAAAUUAGAGGAUAUCGCAAGUGCAGCUAUACAAAGCCAGAAUGUUCAACUAGUCUCCAAGGUUUUUGACCAGUACCUUAAUUUUAUAAGUCUAGAGGAUGAUAUGUUUGCGCUAAAGCAUCAAGACAGCCAUACAAUAUCCUACUAUGCUCUAAAUCGUGGUGACGUAAAGGACACGGAGAUGGAAAUGAUCAUGGACUCUAUAGUGGAUAGUUUGUUUUGUCUGUUUGUCACAAUGGGCACGGUGCCGAUAAUACGAUGCCCUAGAGGAAAUGCAGCAGAAAUGGUAGCAGAAAAAUUAGACAAAAAGUUAAGAGACAAUUUGCGGGACACACGGAACAGUUUAUUCACAGCUGACAGUAUACAAGCUGGUCAAUUCAGCUUUCAGAGACCUCUUUUAGUGAUUCUUGACCGGAAUGUAGAUUUAGCAACAUGCAUGCACCAUACAUGGACCUACCAGGCAUUGUCUCAUGAUGUACUGGAUUUAAAAUUAAAUCGUGUUGAAAUAGAAGAUGCAGAAUCAGCGCCUGUUCCCGGGCAAGCUCGUCCACCACGUAAGAAAAAGAAAUCGUAUGACCUUGACCCUCAUGACAAGUUCUGGCAUACUCACAAAGGAAGCCCAUUCCCCCAAGUGGCAGAGGCUGUGCAAGAGGAGUUAGAAUCUUAUAGAUCACAGGAAGAUGAUGUCAAAAGACUAAAAACUGCAAUGGGUCUUGAGGGAGAAGACGACGGUGCAAUUAGUAUGCUCUCUGACAACACUGCAAAACUUACAUCUGCAGUUAGUUCACUACCAGAGCUGUUAGAAAAGAAAAGGUUAAUAGACCAGCACACAAAUAUUGCCACUGCACUGCUAGACCAUAUAAAAGCACGAAAAUUAGAUAUCUAUUUUGAAACAGAAGAAAAACUUAUGAGCCGAUCUCAGCUGGAUAAGUCUCUAAUGGACAUUAUAACAGAUCCUGAAGCUGGAACCCCAGAAGACAAGAUGAGGUUGUUUAUCAUAGCUCUCAUUUGUGGGCCUCAAAUGUCAGAAGCUGAGAUUGACCAAUACAGUGUUGCACUGCAGGGCUCUAACUGUGACCUAGAACCUCUACAAUAUGUUAGGAGAUGGAAAACUUAUACAAAAAUUACGGCAGCGCCAAGCCAGUAUGGUGGAGGUGGAACAAAAACUGUCGGCAUGUUCUCAAAGUUGAUGUCUCAAGCUUCUGAAUUUGCCAUGGAGGGUGUGAAAAAUCUUGUCGUCAAGAGACAUAAUUUGCCAGUGACGCGUAUAGCAGACAACCUACUUGAGAUGAGAUCUUCCCAGGAAACUGACGACUACAGAUACUUUGACCCAAAACUUCUCCGCGGCUCAGAUAGUUCUAUACCACGUAACAGAUCACCAUUCCAAGAUGCCAUUGUGUUCAUGGUGGGAGGGGGAAACUAUAUAGAAUAUCAGAACCUCAUGGACUACAGCAAGAGUAAAGGUGGAUCAGGGGAGAAGAGGAUCAUAUAUGGUUGUAGCGAGGUCUUUAAUGCUGCGCAGUUCUUGAAACAGUUGACAAACCUUGGUAGAGACAUGCAACAGUAGAACGAAUACCAUAAAGGUUAUCACAAGAGGUCAAGGUAUCCCAUGAGAACACAGGAGGACUUUCAUUCCCAGAAUAAACUCCAGGCCACUAUACAAACCAAAGAACACCAAAACAGCAGUUUGUGAACAAUAUCAACAAUCAUUCUUGUGUUUUGGAUUUCAAUGAGUGACCAGAAUUAAAAAGGAAGGCAUGUAAAUGGAAAAGUAAUUAGUGAAAUCUUGCAUUGGA